AUGCAUAUGCAUGGAAUCCAAGCUCACGCAACACUAAUGCAGUUACCUUGGUCAUUAGCCCUUCGAGCUGUCUGUACAACACCCACACUUACACUCGCACUCACCCCAGUCACACGCUCAUUCAACCGUUUAUUGUCAACUGAAUCUGCCACACCAAAAACGAAAACCAAAACGAAAACCAAAACGAAAACGAAAACGAAAACGAAAACGAAAACUAAAUUAUCUAAAGACGAUUCCAAUUCUCUCUUGCUGACUAGUAUAAAAAAGUCUGAUUCGCCUCAGAAUAUCAAACAAAACCAACAAUCAAAAUCAGAAUUCCAUGUACACCAAUGUCAAGGUUUUUCCUCCAAACACGGUCACCGUUGCGAACUUCGUGUAAAGACCAAAAAGAGCGAGGUGAACAUAUUUUGCCACCAUCACAAACAACUGAGGAAGAAUGAAUUGGAAAUGAGCAUAAAGAAAUCAUCCAAUUCAAUCCUAGCAAAUUCAAAUUCAAUACUUGUCCGUUGUGAUGGUACUCGAAAAGCAGAUGGAUUUCGUUGUGUGCGUAAAGUCAAAAUUGACUUUUCAUCUGUCUACUCAAACCCGCAUUAUUGUUGUCCUCAUCGCUUGCAAAAAUCUGCAACAGUGUGUCGUAAUAUUGGUGGUGAUAAGUUGGAUGAUAGACGUCCCUCCAAAAAAAACGUUCCACAAACAUUCACAAUGCCUUACACCAUGAACGAUUAUUUGAAUUUUGGGAUAAAACACAAGACCAUAAGAGACCUUCAUGUACACUACCACAAAAUAAUUCGAAAAGAAAUGAUGAGAUCAACCUCUCCUGAAGAUGGACCUGGUUACAUUUAUGUAUAUUCACUUGAACAAGGUCCGCGGGUAGCAAAUAGGCGAUUUGCGUAUUUCAAGAUUGGCCGUUCUGUAGAUCCUUAUAGUCGAAUGAGCCAAAUGCUCCAACGUUGCCAGAUUAUACCUAAUGUCGUCGAGAUAUUUCCACAAGUCGAGGCACCUGAGUCCAUGCUGUGUCAAAUGUCACAUCGCGUCGAGCGGCUAAUCCUUCUGGAACUGAUGGCAAGAUACAACACUGCAGGUUUCAAAUGCAAAAUUUGUGGAACAACUCAUCGGGAGUGGGUUCGUGUGUCUCGUAUAAACAACGAAGAUGGAAAAUGCAUGACAGAUCAUGAAAUUUGGACAGCACGCGUACGACCAAUUAUUUUGCGAUGGAUUCAAUUUGGCAUCAUGUCCUCCUCAUCUUCCUCUUUUUCUUCUGACACAAUGCCAACAAAAUCAGAAACAGAAACAGAAGCAGAAAAUCAAACAAUUGUACAAGAAUAA